UUUUUUUUGGAUGAACACGCGGACCGCGAACAAAUCCAAAGCCGUAUGUUAUCGAAGUAGCAUACGCAGGCGAAAAACAAAAAGGCUGAUUGACACGUGGGUUGCGUGGGCGAUGCGAAUUGUGGAAGGGGUGCGGUACGUGAACGAGCGGCAGGGACGAGAUUUCCCUCGAGCAAGGCGUCGGGUUUGGUGGUGGUUAUGGAGUGCUGAUCGCAGACGGAGGGGGGGGUUCGAAGCUGAGACUGAACAGUUUUCAGACUUCGCGUCGAAGGCGGAGAGGAAAGACACGGCACUCGCUGAUGGAGAGGGUGUGAUGUGGAUGCGGUAGCGGAAGCGGAGCGCGCGGUUGCUUUGCUAGGCCUCGGUGUUGCAAUCAAUGGGCGAGUCGACGGUGAGACUACUACCCUCGUGGUAUGUGGUCGAUUGUGUGUGUGGGAUUGUGGGAUUGAGCCCAAAGGUCAAAGGAAGCAGAAGAACGUUGAUUCUUCUCUACCAAAGAUCACACACACACACACACACACACACACACACACACACACACACAUACACAC